AUGGCAGAGCUAGCAGGUUCCUUGAAGACCAUUGCUAAAGCUAUAGAAAAUCCGAACAAAUCCAGUCAUGAAGUUGAUGUACGAAGAUUCAAGAAAUCUUUAGGUAAUGACUUCAUAUUUCAUGGAACCGAGGAACCAACUGAUGCUGAAAAGUGGUUGCUGGGUAUAAAGAAAGAAUUGAAAGUUAUGUUGGUUUCAGAGGAAGACACAGUGAGAUUUGUUACAUACAUGUUCCAUGGAGAUGCGGAUAUUUGGUGGAGCUCCAUUGAGAGAAUGGAAGAUGUAUCACAGAUGUCUUGGGAAAGAUUUGAGGAGUUGUUUUUAGAGAAAUAUUUCCCACCGACUUCUCAAGAUGCAAAGUGUAUGGAUUUUGCAUUAUUAGAGCAGGGGGAUAUGUCGGAGCUGAGGGCUCGUAAGCUAGAGUGUGAUUUGAAGGGACCCAUUCGAGAUAGGGUGGUCAGUCAUAACCAUAACACGUAUGCUGCAGUCUUAAAAUAUGCGUUGGCUGUUGAAGCUAGUUGGGCUAAAACACUGAAAGAGAGAGAAGCUCAUGAAAAGAAGAAGAAGGUAAAACAAAACCCACAAGCACGGCAUAAGCGACCACGUACCGAAUCUCCGGCGAAGAAGGAGAAGAAGCCUGGGACAGAGUGUUAUAAUUGUAGAGAGGAAGGUCAUUACGUUAGAGAUUGCCCCCAUCCACAGAGGCAGAGACCACAAAACACGAAUCAGCCAUGCAAUCAGAAUGUUGGUGGUAGACCUCAGAAUCAUCCAAGUACUUUCGCACCGCCAUUCCAGCCGAGGAAACCAAAUGUCCAAGGGAAGCUUAACUAUGUUGCAGAGAUUAGAGGAGAAGCAGAGAACUCCGUUAUUGAGGGUAACUGA